AUGUUCUUGCCUCUCUUAUCCAAGCGAUGCGCAUCCGCCGCACGAUCAGCAUACAUUAACCGCAAUGUUAUCUUUCGACAAACCCGUCAAGCUGAAGUAGUCAGUGUCCCUUCCUCUGUCUUUUUCGGUCACGGUCGUCUUGCUCGUGUGCGCCAAAUUGCAACUGAGGCUAACCGUGUCAAGGUUGACUAUGACGCUAAAUAUGCUGAGAAGCUGAAAAAGAUGGCUGAAGCCAAGGGUGUCUCUGUUGAGGAACUCAAGUCCAAGGCAAAGGAAAACUUGAAGCAAGCCCAAAAUGCUGUCAAGUCAUCGGCUGAAGCUCCCAAGGCUAAGCCUGCUACUACUACUACUACUACUACUACUACCGCUACCACCACUACUGCUAAGCCCAAGGCUGCCGCAUCUCCUGAAGCUGUUGCUGCUCGCUCCAAGAUGCCCUACGAGUCAUCAGCCCCUACUUUGGAUAAGGUUGUCAAGUUGGAUCUUUUGGAAAAGGAGGAUGCUGAGACAGUGGCCAAGAUCUGGACCGAGUACCACGCUGACAAGGAUUGUAUUACUGCUGUCAUCCCCAAGGAAACAUACGAUACUAUUCAAAAGCGAAGCCAACAGUACCCAUUGUUUGUGGUGCCCAUGCCUCGCGAGAGCGGUGUCGAGUUCUUUUUCAUGCAGUUCAACUUUACCCAAGUCUAUUUCACUUCUCUUCUCGAAUACAAGGCUAAGGGUGCUGAAGCAAGACCUUUCCUUACAAUCACUCAUUAUCCUGAAUUGGCUGAUUCCAAGGGCAUUGUUUUGAUGAAGGGCGAGAUCUCUGAUAACCCACGCAUGAUUGAUACACAAAACGCCCAGUUCCUCGCCUUUGUAUUGCAACAAUUCUACGCCACUGGUGGUGAGGAAAAGUUCAAGCUCGUCGAAAAGUUCCACAAGGAGCCCCAAAACUUUGAUUACCAAGAACUCAUCAAUGAGGUUGAGCGUGUUGUUUAG